GAGGAAAUGAAGUUAUUCGUAAAUAAAGGGAAUUGUUUACGAAUAGGGAUGCUGUUUCGGUCUGUCGAGUCGGCGUUGUGGCGCUGACAAAUGCCCCGGCAAACUUGGGGAGUGAAUGCUUCGCCGAUUGAUGUCAUUCACCUACCUAGUAAUGGGGACUAGACAGACACAAAGAUAAUGAUAAGGACUUGGAUUUUUGUCAAGCCAAACAUCUGCACGAGGUCUAGAAUACCAGUCUCACAUUUUCACAUUUUACGGCCCAUGUCCAUAAACAUGUCUGCAAACGAGCAUCAUCCUGAACCUGCCUCUGACGCCAAAGCUGCCCCUCAGUCGAGGCCACAAGCAGCCAAGAAGCCGGGCAAAAAGGAGAUCAAGAUCCUGAUGCUGCAUGGCUACACCCAAUCCGGCCCGCUCUUCCACGCCAAGACGCGCGCCCUGGAGAAGCUGAUGAUCAAAUCCCUAGCCCCCUUCAACGUGCAACCGACCCUCAUCUACCCCACGGCGCCCAACCAGCUCCGGGCCGAGGACAUACCGGGCUGCGACCCGGCAGAGGCCGCAGACGAUCCGCGCGCGGCCGACUCGUGGGCCUGGUUCCGCAAGGACGACGCCACGGGCGCGUACCGGCAGCUGCGGGAGGGGAUGAGCCGGCUGACGGAGGCGGUGCGGGACGCGGGCGGGGUGGAAGGCGUCGUCGGCUUCAGCCAGGGAGCGGCCAUGGCGGGCAUGAUGGCGGCGGUGCUGGACGAGCCGAGGCGCGAGGUUCCGGGUAGCGAGUCGGCGAGGCAGUGGGUCGCGGAGCUGCGCGAGGCCAACGGCGGGCGCGCGCUCAGGUUUGCCGUCAUCUACAGCGGGUUCGCCGCCCAGCCGCCCGGGUUGGGCUGGAUGUACGACCCCAGCAUCCGCACGCCGACCAUGCACUUCAUCGGCAGCCUGGACACGGUGGUGGAUGAGAAGAGGUCGAGGGAGCUGGCGGACAAGUGCGAGAAUCCGCUUGUGAUUGAGCAUCCCGGCGGGCAUCACGUCCCCACCGGCAAGGAAUUUGCCAUGCCGUUGAUUGGGUUUAUCAAGCAAAAGUGUGUGGAUGAUGUUGCUGCUGCUGCUGCUGCUGAUGGUGCGUAACGGCAAGAUCUAGUGUUACCAGCAGCGGCGUCUGAGGAGAGAGACCUA